AUGGUAGAGUUUGCCAUUAACAACUCGGUGCAUGCGUCCACGACACAUACACCGUUUUACGUGAAUGGCUUGCGCCAUCCGCGUGUACCCACCUUACUAGAGUGUAACUCUGGUUUGAGGGGGGGAGAGACUCGCGCGAGCAAAAACCGAUUUGUUUCACGCUUAUCACGCUCUGACGAAGAGGUCAUUGCGAUUGAUGCCGAUAUCGAUAACAUCGAUAUCGAAGAAGAUGAUGCCAGUGAGAGUGCGGAAGCCCUCACUGAAGAAAAGGUUGAUGUUGCUGCAGUGCGCUCACAGCGCACUGAAGCUAACGAGUCAUCAGAUGAGUUCAUACUGGCUCGUGAAACGGUAGUCCGUUUUGUGCAAGACUCCAUCGCCGAAGCGGUGGAUAAGCAAAAGCAAAACGCUGACAAGAAUGGAAGGGCAAACACUCUUUUAUUUAAUAAAGGUGACUUAGUCCUACUGUCUACGGUUAAUCUACCAAAGCAUGUAGUGACUAACUUGGGUAGCAGUAAACUACUACCCAAGUACAUCGGCCCAUUUCGUGUAUUGCACCGCCUAGGCAAUGCAUACACGAUCGAGUUACCACGUAAGAUGCGAACGCAUCCCACGUUUUACGUUGGUCGGCUUAAGCCGUACCAUCAGUACGCUGCUUCUUCCGAUGAAGAACGCCCUUGCGCUCAAGCAUCUCGCAGAGAGCCUUGUGCUCCCGAUGGUGGGCAUCAACAAGGGUCUGAAGAGCAGCUAUCUCAUCCCGAGACCGAUCAACAAUCCCACGAGCUACCCUUAGCUCGUCACGAAGAGAUGUCAGAGAUCUCUCGUUCUCAAGCUGAGCAAAGGCAAACUCAGCUCGAUGCUUCGAGGCAGUGUCCGCCAUUUGGAGACGCCUAUUCCGCUCAUGUUCGAGAUCGUCGCGUAACCCUUGCGUUACGCGAUCAAAGAAGCUCUCGGGAACACACGGAUCCCCAUGAUCGUGUGGAGAGCGUCUUUCCUCCUCCUCCACCUCCAUUAGAGGACUCUCGCGGUGGCCAGCGCUAUCUAGUUGAGCAGCUGUUGAACCACCGCGACGUGAACGGACGUCGGACGAGCUAUCUCGUCCGGUGGCGCGGCUAUGCCCCGUCCUGGGAUACUUGGGAGCCCCGCUUCCAACUGACGAUCAACGUACUGGGUCUGGUCGAGCAGUACGACGCGGCACAUCCUGUGCCGCAGAAGGACCGCCGGAGAAUGUCUUCCCGGCACGGUCGUAAAGGGAUUUCAAGUUGUCAAUCCCUUCGUACAUCUCAAUAG